AUGCCCAAGGUGCGCAUCCGCGAAGCCCGCAAGCGCACCACAGGCGAUCGGCCACCGUUCGUGGCGCUGUGCCUGCUCGGUGCGCGCGGCACCGAAGUGAUGGACCUUCUGGGCCCCUACGAGACCCUGGCGGCAUCCCGCCUCUUCGACGUCUUCACCGUGGCGUCCACGUCGCGCCCGGCGCCCCUGAGCGGCAACCUAUUCGCCGUGCCCGACUACGCCCUGCUGGAGAUGUCGGCGGACGACACGGCCGCCGUGAUCGAGUCCGCGGACGUGGUGGUGGUGCCCAACGUGUUCGACGCUGGCGAGCCGAUGCUGCUGGAGUUCUUGAAGCGGUACGGCGGGGGCAAGUGGGUGCUGAGCGUGUGUGAGGGGGCGCGGAUGGUGGCGGCGUCCGGGCUGCUGGAGAGCAAGGUGGCCGUCACGCACUUCCACGCGCUGAACGAGCUCGGCAGGAAGCACCCGAGCGUCAGGUUCUUGCACGGACACAGGUACAUCCACACUGGCAACAUAAUCACCUCUGCUGGUGUCUCUGCGGGAAUUGACUCCUCACUCUUCCUCAUCGAGAAGAUGGGCAGCCCUGCACAUGCAGAUGCCACCAGUGAUCGCAUGGAGUAUGAAGGCCGUGUGCGGGAGACCGAUCCAGAUGGCAAGGUGGAAGGCCGUCCACCGAGCUUCACGAUCGGCACGACUGAGGGCGUCAAGCUCAUGGGCCGAACGUUCUCGCCGUGGGGCAAGCGGGUGAUCGCAGUUGCAGUAAUGCCCGAUGUGGGGGAGACGCUACUGGGUGCUGUGGUGGAUGCCUUCCCACGGACAGGAAAGGUGAAGUUGAUGACCUUCACGCCUGAGGAGCAAGUGGGACCAGUGGCAACGGCACAUGGCCUUGCAGUGCUGCCGCAGUUCACUGCUGGUGUCCUAAAGGAACCUGUGCAUCAUGUGUUGGUGCCAUCCUCGCAACCUACCAAGGAUGGACAGGAGGAGGACUUCUUGAAAGUCAAGCGAGCCCUUGAAAGGAGGCAUCUGGGUGAAGUCCCCAUCACUCUGCUGUCCGUACCAGCAGGCAAGGCGCUCAACGAGGUGCUUGACCUUGUGCAGAAGCUGAUCGGCCGAAAAGAAGCAGCUCUUGUAGCCAAAAUGAUGGAACACCAUUGGAAACCAGAUGCCUGA